AUGUCUGGCGAACACGAGAACGGCUCCCCCGCCGCUGGCGGUCAAGAGGCCCCCCCCGCCGUCGAGCACCUGAACAUCAAGGUCACAGACAACAACAACGAAGUCUUCUUCAAGAUCAAGCGGUCAACCAAGCUGGAGAAGCUGAUGACUGCUUUUUGCGAGAGGCAGGGCAAGGCGAUCAGCUCUGUUCGUUUCUUGUUCGAGGGCCAGCGAGUGCAACCCACGGACACUCCGGACACGCUUGAGAUGGCAGACGGCGACACUCUUGAAGUUCACCAGGAACAGGUCGGUGGAUCCAACUAG